UAGUUAAAAUACAACAUUGUAUACUCACACAUACAAAAUCAUAUAUAUUCUUUAUAUGUAUAGACACAAAACUUGUUCCUUAUUCAAUGUUUGUUUAUUUUACACGAAAUGGUGAAGGUUUAUUUGUUUCGCAAACUGUCUGCACUGAGUCCAAAUCAAAGGGAUGUCUAUAAGGAGGCUGUAACAGGUGUUUUGGAGCAAGUUCUUCAAGGCAAUGCCAGUACAAUAUUCAAUUAUGGCAACUGGCCAAACUAUACCAACCAUGGAGAUUCCCAUGAACCAAAUGAUGUGGUUAGACAAAUUAUCCAACAAUUGUUUCGGCAUGUCGCAGAGUUUAGUGUAUCGAUAAAACAUCUUCAAAUGAAUCACACAGAUGGGCAAUUUGCAAAAGAAUCUGAUGGCAAAAUUCCAAAUGUAUUAAAUGAGCAUUUUGUGUCGUCACCCGACGAUGUUUUUAUCUACAUGGAAAAAGUUAUGCAGACAUUUCUCAAUAACGAUCAGGACAAGAACUGUGAUUCGUUUGCUCAUGUUGUAUUUACCCUUAAUGUUGGGCAAAGAAAAAUGGCUAAAACCAAAAACCAGAAGCUUUUGGGUAAAUUGCAAUUGGUGCACCUGAUGAGUUUGGAUGCUUGUGCUGGCUCCUUUCUUCUAAAAAAUGACGAGUCGUCCAUAAGAGAAGUAUUGAAAAUUGUCAGAGCCUUGGCCAAUAAUCCCAAAACUCACUUAAGAUACCAUAAUAUACGAUUGACACAUCUUUUAAAUGAUCUGCUGCUUGCCAGCACCGAGACAAUUGUGAUAAUCAACUAUACAGAGAUGCCACAGUUUCAUAUGAUGCUAAUGGGUCCACUCAAAAGUCCAUCCUCAUCAGUUGUCAACUCGGAUCCCCAAGGUGAGUUGUGGAAAGAGCAGUAUAUGAAGGAGCACAAGAAAUAUAUGUGCCUGAAGGAGAAGGUUCUUAACUUGGACUUGUGGAAUCGUGAUCUUACUAAACUGGAGGCCAAACAAUUGGAUGAAUUACUUGAAAUUCUAGAGCAACAAAGUAGCAAUGGAAACAGCAGAUCUACCUCUUUUAACUAUGGAUGUAUGGAGAGUACGAUGAACAAUGAUCCUGGCAAAAGAUUGGAAUUAUGUGCCCUGGCCAAUAAUGAAAAGCCUAAGGCGCCACUUCAAAUACGAAAGGAAAUUGAGAAAAUCCAAUUGGAGAUUAAGCACUCUGCAGACGAAAUGUUGGAGUUGCAAGAGGUCGUAGAGCAAGUCGGAAGGCAUAAUAGACACAAUGAGGAACAGCUGGUGCAAAAGGAUCUUAUGCUGGACAAGCUUAAUGACAAGCUUGUCAAGGCCAACGAUGAACUGAGACGUCAAAAGAUGGCCUUUCUGCAAAAAUUGAACGAAUACUCGGAAAAGUUUAGUGAGUUGUGGAAAGAGCAAUGCCGAGCCAUGAAAUUGCAAGAGAAGCAACAUGAACAACAACUCACCGAGAUGUUCGAUAGCCUCUGCGAGGAGCUGCAUAACUCACAUAAAAUGGAAUUGUUAGAGCUAUGCCAACAGAUAACCAAGCCGGCAAUCGAGAAAGAGCCAACUUCACAACUCUAGCUCCGUGCAACAAAGAGACCAUUCCACUUAAAGGUCACCAUUGCAAGCGGUAUCUAAAGUCUCUUCUUCAGUUCCAGUCACGAAACCGAAACGAAACCCAAACCGAAACCACAUCCACAUCUACAUAUACCUACACACAUAUAUAUUCUCCUUGUUUGGCUAGGCAACUUUGCCAUUUAGCCCAGACACAACAACAACAACAAAACAACUAAGACCAAAUAGUAGGGGGAAAAAAGUGUCUAAAACAUGCGCAAAGGCUAGUUUGUCUCCUAAGUCAUUCGUUUAUGCCUAAAAUCUUGUUGGUAGAUUAUCCUAACAAAAAGGAUAUGUUUUCCAUUACAUGAGAUACUUUUUACAAAUGGGACAAAUGUGAAGAACUAUUUUAAUCAACAAUCCAAAUUUAGCAUAUAUUUUACAACAGGAACAAAUUGAACUCAUAUGAAGAGAAUAAAAGAAUAAAUCAAUGGCUUGUAAAAUGUUA